AUGCUUGAAACAGCUUUGGCUAAAUCUUGCAUUACAGGAAGCUGCAAACAGAUCGAAGACCUACCCUCGGAUAGUCCCUUUUCCCUUUACAUCACAGUUUUGAAAAACCAACUGCGUGUUGGUCGGCUGGUUAAAAGAAUAAGAACCUGGUUCAAUGAAGGCCGGAAAGGUCCUUUUAGUUAUAGGUUUACAGGAAAAGAAACCAGAAUAUUUUGUCACAAAUUCAUGUUUGUGCUGCAUGCAUUGAGCCAAGCAACUGACCCACCUCAGACUAAGUUGAAGAUUGCAUCCAUAGCUUUCUGUUGCUUACAGUUAAGAGAUGCAAUAUCAUAUUUCUCUCGUGUAGAUAUUAACCUUGCUGAGUUAGAACAGUGCAAGAAGGCUUGUUUAUACCUUUUUAAUGCCAAUGCUCUGUUGUUAAAAUCAGUCACACCAACACUGUGGACUGUUGGUUAUGCUAUACCAAGACACAUAGAAAUAUUAUUUGAUAGAUACGGCAUGGGAUUGGGUAUCAAUAGUAUGCAAGGCCGAGAAGCAAAACAUGUAAGACUUUCUGAAUUUGCCAAACACUCCACAAAAUCAACAAGGUGGUCUAUGGUCUUACGUCAUGACUACAUGUGUAAUGUGUGGAUCCGCAUGAAUGAGCCUGGCCGUGUUUUGUACACAACACACAAACACCACUACAUACCUAGAGAAAUAGAGCUGGAAACUUUCUGUUAUUGUGGUUUCCCUAUAUGUAAAGGUCAGCAAUGUAGUAUUUGUAUAUCAGAUGUUUUUAAAGCUGUCGAAGAGACAGCAAUAGCUGGAGCAUUGAUCAAGGAAAUACAUAGAUAUAUAUAG